AUGUUCAGACAAUCAUUAUCUCAUCUUCCUUUAUCCGGCAUUGGUCGACGCUCUCUAUCCAGCGUCACCAAGAUCCAACAUUCUCUCCCCGCUGCCUACUACCGCGGAGGCACCUCUCGCGCUGUCUUCUUCAAACAAGAUGACCUCCCUGCCCGUCGAUCAGACUGGGAUAGCAUCUUCCGCGGCGUCAUCGGGAGCCCUGAUCCAUAUGGCCGUCAACUCGAUGGACUGGGCGGCGGCAUCUCCAGUCUGUCCAAAGUAUGCGUCGUGGGCAAGUCGACCCAUCCGGAUGCGGAUAUCGACUACACCUUUGUCUCGCUGGGGGUAAAGAAUACCGAGGUGGAUUACUCCAGCAACUGUGGCAACAUGAUCAGUGCUGUUGGUCCAUUCGCCGUGGAUUCCAAAUUGGUCACGUUGAAUGAUCCUGAAACCGCCUCAGUGCGCAUCCACAACACCAACUCGGGCAAGAUUAUCAACGCGACAUUUCCCGUUGUCGACGGUGAGGCUGCGUCAAGUGGUGAUUUCUCCAUCGAUGGCGUCGCUGGAACUGCUGCUCGUGUCCAACUCGACUUUGUCAAUCCUGCUGGAUCUGCGACCGGGAAAUUGUUGCCCACUGGCAACGCCACCGACACCUUCGAUGGCGUCUUAGCCACCUGCAUCGACGUCGCCAAUCCAUGCACAUUCGUUCGAGCUGCGGAUCUGGGCGUUGAAGGCAAUAUAUCUCCCGAUGAAAUCUCCGCCCACCCAGAUCUGCUGUUGAGAUUGGAUUCGAUCCGUCGCCACGCUGGGGUCCAGAUGGGUCUGGCCGAUACAGUCUCACGGGUCCCUGGCAGUGUUCCUAAGAUCGGUAUCGUUUCGACACCAUCAUCCGAUGCACGAAGCAAAGCGCAGAAGCAGACAUCUGCCGAUGUUGAUCUGCUUGUUCGUGCCAUUUCAGUCGGACAGCCUCACAAGGCAGUCCCCAUUACGGUGGCCCUGGCGUUGGCCGCUGCUGGACGAGUUCCUGGAAGUAUUGUCGCAGAUGUGGCCAGCAAGAGCCCUGUGGAUGACGCUGGUAUUUCCAUUGGCCAUGCGAGUGGAAAUCUCUUGGUUGGCGCCGACUUUGAUGCUGAUGGUGGAUUGAGCUUUGCGACUGUCUUUCGAACGGCUCGUCGUCUGUUUGAGGGGCGCAUUUUCUGGAAGAAUGAAUAG